AGCAAGGCUUGUUGUGGACUUAAUAAAAAUCUCCCCUCGGCCAACACCGCGCCAACAGACUGACAAACCGGAAGUUAUGGCAAACGAAAUUCGCCUGGGGCACUGGGUACUAGCGCGUACCCGAAAGUUCGCGAAAUUUCUGGUGACUUCUAGCUACUUCUGGAUCUCUAUGUUUCCAGCAGUUUCGAAAGAUCUUGAGUGAAUUAAUGCAAAGUAUAAAUACGAGUCACCAGCAAUGACCAAGCAGUUUGAUUGGAAGUAUUUUAAUGUAAAGGCAAUCACGGUUGUUCACCAGCAAAAGAAGAAAUCACAGACAUGGACGAAAGAGAAGUGAAAUGCGACAACUGUCAGAGACACGUUCCUUCCGAAAAUUACCAGAUGCAUGUCGUUCACUGCAAACGAAAUAUUCAGAUAUGCUCUUUGUGUGGAGAAACAGUGUUGAGGAGCGAAGAGAAGGAGCACUUCAAGGAAAACCACGCAGAAAUAAACUGCAUUCAAUGUGGACAGAAAACUACGAGAAGCGAGGAAGGGAAUCACCUAGCAAACGAAUGCGGUAAGAGACCGAUUCCAUGCCAGUACUGUGAAAUAACCCUGCCGAGAGAAAAAAUGCCAGAACAUCAGGAAUUCUGUGGAUCAAGGACGGAAUGGUAUCACAAUUGCAGUCGAUACAUUUUGAUCAGAGAUCUUCCUAAUCACGAGAAAUCUUGCGAUGGAGGCGCUAGUCAGAAGUGUGCUAUCUUGCCUUGGGAAUUCUGCGGAUCUUUAAUCCCGCAUGAAAACAUUGAUGUUCAUCAACGCCAGUGUUUAGAGGAAAGCCAGGGCUCUCAAAUACCUCUUCUUGUAGAGGGUGACGAUGACUUUUUCCAAGAGAUCGCAGCGACAAGAGGAAGAAGCAGUGACGAUCACGAAAGACGUGGUCAUAUUUAUUCAAACUCCGUCUCGCAUGACAGCAACGAAGCUCCCAGCGAAGCUCAAGCAGAACGAAACAGUAUUGUUGCUCUGCCGUGUGAAAUCUGUGGCGAACUGUGCCCUUCAGAUAGAUUAAUGAAACACCAAGAGGAAUGCAGCCAAGAAAGCGAAAACACUGUGGACCCCACACGCUCCCGGAGAGAAGAGAACAUCUACGGCAGCAAUCUACCCCACUUCCGGUUUGCGAGCGCUCAGAGAAGAGACAACCUGGAAUAUUCGUUCGAUGAUUUUUCUUUCAGGGGAUUUCCGUAUUAUAUUCUAGCGAACGUUUUUCGCGACCUCGAAGACAGAGGAAGGCCAUUUGAAAUGAUGAGAAAUCUUUGAUCCCACAAGGAGGAGACAUUCAACGACCGAAUUUUGUAGCACCUAAAUAUUACUGGUAUGUUUAUUGAAGACUUAAGACUACCUAAAACUGAUGUCGAAAAAGGUAUAAACGUUUGAUAUUAUCGGAAACCCUUGGAUUUCUGACAUUAUUUUACAAUAAACUGAUAAUAUUUUAGACAUCAAUUUUGAGUACUAAGUUACAGUGAACCUACAAAAACUGUGAAAAAAGCCUAAAUCAGCAUAUCCAAGCCUUUUGUUAUAUCAAAUAUUUGGAAUCUACUCGCUCCUCUUCAUUAAGAUUUAAAGCUGACAAUCGAAAUAAAAUGCGGGCAUUAAGUUCUAGUUGGCUGCGGCUAUUACUAUGACAUAUGUACAACAGUUUUGUUUACUCAUGUCUUUUGAUAUCGAUAUAUCGAAACAUCGACCCCGUUCCAAAUGUCUGAAUCCGCACACAUCUUCUCAUUGGCGGUAUGUCUUGAAUUUCUAGAUGACCCAAAGCGGAAAAUAAAAAAAUAAUAAAUAAAUAAAAAUAAAAAAUAGAUGUUAACAUGAAGGAAUAUUUAAUACAACACAGACGGUGGUUUGUAGUUUGAAUAAUUCGUGCACCUAGGUGUAAUUUUUAUGUACGCAUGUAAACAUUAGCUAGUCGAGUUUGUUUUUUCUUGCUUUCUAAUAGUGACCAAUACAAUAUUGGUUAGCUAACGCAGAGGUUCGAAUCCCGAUGAAGCCCUGAAAUAUAAUAUAUUUUUGAGCUUUAUUUCCAAUUGCUUAUUAAAUUGUGAACACAAUUGCGAUGGUCAAUCUUCUUUUCACGAUUUUAGCUUUGCUACAACAUUUUUAAAAUCUGACUUUUUUGAUGGUUGCGUUACUUCCGGUAGUUUUGAUCACUUGUUGAUCUUACCCAAAAACUAUAUACGUUUUUCUCGUACAAACUUUUAAAAUUAAUGAGAAAAAAAAAAAGAGGCGUAAGGCAUUUCGGCAGAGUUACUUAAACUGAACCAAAUAAAAUGAGCUCUCUUACUUUCUCAAUAAAGUUAUUCGUCGUGUUCCUGUGGACGCGGUCGAUUUCCAAACCUUGGAGCUCUGUGAUCCGCUCUCGGCUGUACAGGUAUCAUUACAGCCACUAAAUGCACGAGUCUUGACAGCAUAAUCAGCACAACGAGGGAGAUAUUGAUUACGCAAAAUGUAACGAUGGACA